AUGCCUCCUCGUACAGUAGCCAGUCCUAAGAAGAAAAGGUCCAAGCGCAAAGCUUCUGACACUUCAAAGGCUACUUCACUGAAGAGGCAUCGUGCUACAAACCUCUCCAAAAUUUCCAGCAUGCCACUCGUGUCUCUCGGUCUCACUGAAGUUGAUGCUACAGACACUGCUCCUCGACGUUCUGGCCGUCCUAAUGCAGGGACAGGGGGUAGGAAUGCCCAGCUGGAGAAGAUCGGGGUAGUUUUAGAGUCUCGGUCCCAGAAUCGGAAACCUAAGGGCACUACAUCUCUUAGCACACUCAAUCCCCUGAAUCCUCAGGCUCCAGAACCGCCUCGUAAAGGCCGGAAGAGUCGUCCAAAGGUGCAGCCUCCACCAUACAGUCCUGAGUCCACAAACCUCGAUGUUAGUUCAGCCUUACAUAGUACUCUAGUUCCCAGUCUUUCAUCGCAGAAAGGCGGUGGGAGGUUCGGAUUUGCAGCUUUGACCACCACGCCUGGUGUGGGACCCAGUCCUCAAGCCUCUAACGACUCAUAUCUCGCUAUGGGAAUGAAGGUUACCGAAAAACGUAAUAAGAACGCUCUCAUUGAUUAUGCUCACAGUUCCCAGCGUCCACUUGCUGCUACCUUUUCAGAGCACAACCUGGACCCAGCCCUACGCAAGGAGCAUGAUGUUAGCCAAGCACUUUGUGCAGGACUGGUAGGAUCCGACCUGGAGGACAGUGAAUCCAGCAGUAGUGCUACCGAUAUAGACGACAUUGAUGACGCAGAAGACGAAGAAGACAGAGACAAAGGAGAUAAUAACGAAUCACAGCAGUUUGGUUGGGGGGAGGCUCGUCAAUGGCACAAAGGACAUCCGGGAUUUUUGGCUGAAGAACUACCCACUCAGACUCGAAUUGCUCGCCCUCUCACGCCAGAUUUCGACUUCCAAUACUCACGUGAUGAAGAUGACGACACUUCCCGGAUGCAUCUCAACAACACCAACCAGUCUCUGGGUACCUUGCCAAGAGUGCAGAGGGAACAAUCGGGCCCUCAGACUACUACUUCGAACCUCCCCGAUGAUGUGUUGAAGCGCCAUCAGGAUAAAAACAGUCAGCCCUGCCUUCCCGACCCUGAAUCGCUCCAGCUGCUGAAUCAAGUGGCAGAGUCGGCCAAUGCUGGGAGUCAGUUGAGAUCCAAGAGAUCCAAGGGAUCUGAAAGUGGGCCGAGGCCUGACCAACUGGCUUGGUACGGGCCACGCUGGAAAAGUUUCCUCGAGGAGGUUAAAGGAGAGUGUCGUGCUCAGCAUGCCCUGGAAAACCCUUUCCCACCUUUAGUCAAGGGGAUGCCGGGAACCAUCUCUGAGGUUCUAGUUUCAGUUUUGGUUGCAUGGGAUAAGAGCGGUAGACAAUUCGAGGCUGGGGUUUGGCCGGAGCAGCAAUACAAUAUGACACGGUUGUUGUACGACGACCUGUCGACUUGCAUCGCACUGUUAUCAUACUCACUUUUGCCUCCGCCUUCCAUUCCUCCUCAACAACGUGCGACUUGGGUCGAAAGGGUCGCUAAAGAUUUACUCAAGGGUGGCUCAUUUUUAUGGUUCAGAGUAGACCAAAAUGGGAAAACGAGGAAUUUGGCCCAUCCUGCUCUCCGUGAUACCUGCAUAGCCUUUUUUUACACAGGGCCUUACCAGAUCAUGCGGAGGCAGCCAGAGAAGUUCCGCAUGCAAUUACCCAUAUCGUGUUUGGCCUUAGUUGCCACAGUGUUCCAUUGCAUUUUUGAUGGUCUCGAGAAGAACAGGAACAGUAAAUGUUAUCCCAAUUUUUCCUCGAAGGAAUACUCUCCCAUCUACCGCAAAAUGAUCCAAAUCAUCAAAGAUACCCUCAAGGACGAAUAUCACGGCCCUAGAUUGUUAGAACAACUUCGAGAAUGGGCUGAAGCUGGAUGGGCUGAAAAUAUCAAGCUCAAUGGUGGUGCAGCAGAGGCCAAACACGAUGAUCUCCAGGUCGUCCUGGACUAA